GUUUUAGACACAUUUGUGAUUGAGUUAAAUAAAGUGGAUGUAUUUAGGAAAUGUAUAUAAACAAAGGAGAAACAGAGCUUGUUCAUGGCGUAGCAGCACAGAUAUUUACGAACUUUCUCCACUAUUUUCACCAACACAAUCUCUAAAUCUCAUCUUCCUCCAUUGUUCAUCAAUCAGCCACAGCCAUGGACAAAGAACAAGAACAUCAAAGCCCGCGAUCUAACUGGAGCGAGACUGUGGAAGACCUCGUCACUGCCGGAGACACUGAUGCUGCUAUUUCUCUUCUUCAAUCGGUGGUUUCCGACCUCCAAACUUCACAAAACUCUAAUCCAGAUCCUCAGUUGGCUGCCGCUCUCACCGACUUGUCCGCUCUCUACUCUUCUAAAGGCCUCUCUCUCAAAGCCGACGACAUUGCGGCUAAAGCUUUCCUUCUUAAACACCAAGCCCAAGUCUCUUGUCCUACUGGGUACGGGAAGAUUAUGAAUGAGGAUCGAACAUCUCCCACGACUGUUUCGCUGUCUUCUGUCGAUGAAGCGUCCGUUGGAACUGGUAAUUUGGAUCGGACGAGGGAUAGUCCAGACAAUGCUGUAUCCUGUUCUGCGUCUUUGGAUGAUGAUGAUUGGGAAGCUAUUGCAGAUCGCCCACCAAAUGAGUUGCUAUCCUUGGAAAGUGAACCUGACAAACCAGAACAGUCAGUCAAAGAAAUGAAAGCCCAAACCCCUAGACGACGUGGGAGGGGAACUUUUUCAUAUAAUAAACACGAGUUAUAUAGUGAUAAGCUAUCUGAUUCUUCAACUACGGAUGAUACAAAUGAAGAAGAGUCUUCUCAUAUGAUUGAGGGCCGCAGGGAGCUAAAAAGUGCACAAUAUGGUACCCAACAUGUUCUUGUUCUGGCGGACUUUCCACCAAGUACCAAAACAAUAGAUCUUGAAAGGCUACUUGGGAAUUUCAUGAAUUCUGGAGUUGUCAUUCGCUGGGUCAAUGAUACAGUUGCACUUGCAGUAUUUCAGACACCAUCGACUGCACUUGAAGUUCUCAAUCAUGUUAGAUGUCCUUUCACCUUACGUCAACUUGAUGAAAAUGAUACUCUUUUGAGCUCGAUUCCACCAAGAGAUCUUGUGCCUCCAAAACAAAGGCCAAAGACAUCGGCUAGAACUGCACAGCGCCUGAUUGCUCAAGGAAUGGGAUUGAAGUUGCCAAAUUCCACUACUUCCUUCGGGUCCAAAGAACUCAGGAAACAAGAAGAAGACCGGAGGAACCGCAUUGUCUCGAGGCAAAAACUGAGAGAUGAAGCUUGGGGAGAUGAUGAUCCAAGUUAGUCAUUUUUACUUUUUUUCUUGAACAGAUGGAUAUUGUUUAUCUGAAGAACGAUAACCAUCAAGACAAACCCCAAACACAGCCACUGUUAAAAUGCUCAACCUUUGUUUCUUUCUUUGUUUGCUCCCAAUGGCUUACAGUAUUUACCCCCAUCCAUCGUGUGAGUUUUAUUAAAGAAACAUCAAAAAACCUCAUUCUUGUGGCUGCAUUAUUCUGUCUUUGGAUUCAUUGCUCUGUAAAACUUGAUUACUUGACACUGUACAGUCCUUAAAACUUGAUAUGGAAAAGUGAAGUUGAUUUUUUUUCUUA